AUGCUAGAUAAUGAUGGUGUGAAAUCAAUGGAUGGCUCAUCGCCGUGUAGUAGCACACGGCUGUCCACAUCGCAUUCGUCGUCCGAACAAGGGCCGUCCGGAUCGUAUCCAGCCUCGAAAUCCAACGAUUCCACCCUAUCGCUUUGUCAUCUACCAGCCUAUAAUUCCGAGCAUGUGCGAGUUAUUCCGUCAAUACAUAUCACCAUGCCUUCCAGCUUCAAAUACCUCCAACUACAAACACUCACCAAAGAAACAAUCACNCAUUGUCAUUAA